AUGGGCCUACAGUCUCUUCCUCAGCCAUUGGAGACGACUAUUUUUGUUCCUCCGAAGAAUAAUCCUCUUCUCUUCGGCCGUCCAUCAGAAUUCAAAGAUAGUAAAUUGGCACAAUCAAACAGAAAGAUUGAUUCAGACGGAAAAAAAUAUUCAGAAGACUCCCUUUGCGGCCUCGCUCGCUCUUCUUCUCCUACCUCUUCAUCUUCCACGACUUCGUCCUCCAACUCUGCCAUACAAACUCAUGUAUACCCUCACAACAAAGCUUUCAUUUGUCAAAAAGAAAUUGCACAUUCUCAUGACCCUUCUACGUUAGAAUUCGACUCGCCAGAAACUCGGAAUCCUCGUCAGAUCCAGUUGGGAAAAUACGUAGUAACUACAUGGUAUUCUGCUCCUUAUCCAUCUGAAUAUGCCAGGUUACAGCGCCUCUAUAUAUGUGAAUAUUGCCUUAAAUAUAUCAAGUCCCGGAAGGUUUAUCUUCGGCACAUGAGAAAUAUGACCCAUUAUCGAUAUCCGGCUGCUGCAAGAUUGUUUCCUCCUGUGGUCGAUCUUAUUUUGGUGAGACAUGCAGAGCUAUUCGACCAAGAUUAG